AUGGGCUGCACACCUUCCCACACUGACGUCAUACACAGCCUUACAAAGAGUGGCAUUCAGUUGUUUAAAAAGCCAAGAGGGAUUUUGCCAGGACCUUGCGGGGACAGUGAGAGAGACUCCAUCCCUUUGUUGGUUCAAAAUUCUACCUGCUAUGACUCUGGUGGGGGCUUGUACCGGAGACAAACGUGGAUGGGUGAGCCCCUGGAUUCAAAGACGAUGCAAAACACAGCUGAAGGUCUUGGUUGGCUCUCAAGAGAUCUCACUGCAAUCCAAAGGAAAGAUCUAGAAGUGCUGAUCCCAGAAUCCAAAACCUCCCUAUCUCGGCUGAACAAAUCACAAAGCUCCGUGGCCCUAGGCAAUCCAUUCAAGACACAGAGCUCCCGGGGAACCGUGGCACCCGGGCAAGACUUUGAAGGAAGGAAAUCCCAGGAGACCUCCACACGGAACCCAAAGGGUCCAGGCCAUGGUUCCAGCACAUGGACCCAUGACUGCCAAACCAUCCUUCCUGCUCCCAGGCCCCAAGGCCAAGUGGACUUCCCCGAGUCCCUGGUGAAGGCCCACCGGCACGCUUACAGCUACCUGAACUCCAGCCUCUCCAGAUACGAGGCCAUCCUGGACCUCACACACCGGGCGUCCCAGACGCAGGAGCUGCUGCAGCCUAUGGUCAGCUUUCUGCUCCGGUGCUUCGAGGAGGUCAACCGGCUCCUGGGGGAGAUCUGCGGGGAGGGGGAUGUGCUCCUGCGGGACACGGAGCGGGUGCUGGCGUGGCCCGGGGAGAAAGGGCGCCCCGGGGAGCAGCCCCACCUCCUGCAGCAGCUCCUGCAGCACACGGUCAGCAAACUGCAGGCGCUCCAGCUGGCGGCCGCCUCGCUCACCAGCGGCCUCGCACUCAGCGCCCGUGGCUGUCUCCAUGCCGCAGCGAGUCACUUGGGGGAGAAGCUGAGCACCAAGAGGGGCGUGGAGGAGCACCUCCUCAGGACUCUGGGCCAACUGGAGGACUUGGCAAGCGGCCACAGGGACCCCAGCAGGCAGGGGCUGCCCUUGUGCUCGGAGGACAGCGGCAUUGGUGUGGACGCCGAGCUGGGGCCAGCGGGGGACAAGCUGGGCCAGCAAGGCAGCUGCGACUCAGUCCCAGAGGCGGCAGCCCCGGAGUCAGUGGCCUCACCCCAAGUAGGGCCCGGGGCCUCGGGAUCUGCCCAGCUGCCAUGUCUCUUCCAGGACUGCCCGUUCUCCAGGACUCAGGGGGCAAAGGUGCAGCCAACAUCAGAAGAGACGGGGGACCCAAAAGACGCCAGCUCAGUUCCAGAAAUGGGUUCCCCGCAGCUGUUAGGGCUGCACCCAGGUACCUGCUGGGAUUCUCCAGGGCCGGUGACCUCUGCCCCAGCAUCUCUUCCUACAGGCUCCCUGUGGCGGGACUCGCCAUCCCUCGGUGAAGGGAGCGACAGCAGCCCGGAGGAGGUGGGAGAUGAGGAGAGUGGUGUGUGCCCUGGUACACGGCGGAAGAAUGUGUCCCGCCCGAGGCCCAGGUCUUCACCCGUGAGCUCAGUAAGCCUGUGGCAGACACAGCCCAGGAGGCUUAGGGGCCACCAGGCCCAGGAAAUGGUCCUGAAGAUGCAGGAAGCCAUCAGUGAGCGGAUCAAGUUUGUCCCCGCACCCUCUGCACACCCAGACUGGGCGGAGGAAGAGGAGGAGGAAGAGGAGAGGACAACGGCAGAGUCCCUGCAACCCAGCACCAGGAGUGGCAGCCUGGGGAACCCCGCCCAGCACAGGAGACCCCAGUCAGAGCCGUGCAUUAGGACCCACGCAAGGGACUCCACGCUCCGGCAGCUGCCGAGGGUCCAGAGAGACCUGAGUCUGAGGCUGGACGUGUUUCACACCCUGGGCACGGGGUGGCAGGAUCAGAUCCAGGAGUGGGGUCUACAGCAGCCCAGAGCUGUAGCCCAGAGGCCAGCGGGCUGCACAGCCUCCCCGAGCAGUGCUCUGAGCAAGAUGAAGGCUUCCCUCACCAAGAGCGCCAGCAUUCUGCCGAGUCAGGACAGGAGCACCCUGCGACAACACAGUGCCCGGGCUGAGGGGGCCCAGCCCUGGGGGGGCAGAGCUGGGGGGCUUCCACCAGGUACCUCACCAGGUGCAAAGGCCAGGGAGGUGCCCGGGGCCAAGGAGGAGACUGCCGCGGCUCCUCUCCCCAGAACAUCAGUCAAGAAACUCAUCGAGACGUUCAGUCGCCCUGAGAGGCCCCCGGACUCGGGGCCUCUGCCCAGGCGCAGGAAGUGGGGUGUCCCCAGCCUUCCUCCCCGGUUUCCCAUCUACAGGGGGCUUGCCCCUUUGUAUCCAAAGCCCCAGAUUUCUCCAGCAGGCAGAGAAUUUCCCCGAGCGGGCCCAGGCAGGGGGUCCUGCAUGCCCGUGCUCCCCCCGCUGCUGGCGAGUCCCUCCCCGAGCGGAAACCUCAGCGUGGAGACCGUGGAGGACCCAGAGCUGCUCCCUCCGCCUCCGCUGGAAAUCCUCAUGGACACAUCCUUCGCCUCCCUGGGGCCCCCAGACAGCAGUGAGCUGGCAGGGCGCUCCCCCGAGGGGGUCCCUGUGGCAGGGCUGGGCGGGGCCGGCCCUGCCCGCAGCACGGGGGCCUCGCGGAGCCCCUCCAUCCUCCAGUCCAGCAGGGGCGCGGCCGCCCCAUCCAAGCCCCGCGGCGCAGGGCUGGGGAGCGGCAGGAGCAGCUGCAGGGCCCGAAAGCUCCCCGCGGCGGGUCUCCACCUGCCCCCCGCCGCCAGGCAAACCCCGGGGCCCGAGCCGAGCCGGGCUCAGCGCCAGGCCCGGGCCGACAAAGCAGCAGGCGCGUGGAAGCAAGCCAAGUGGGCCGUGCCCUGGCACCCCUCUAGCCGCCCAGCUGCCCCGACAGGUGUCCCCCAUUUGCCUGCCUCCCCCAGCCCGCCACUCUGCCCCCUGGCAAGUCCCAGGGUGCUCAGCCCCCCAAGAGAGGAGAAAAGAGUUUCCCCUCCCCCACAACACGGGCUGCCUAGCCCUCCCCCGGUGAGCCCCGGCUCCUCCAGCCAGAGCAAUGAGGCGAGUCCCCCUUCCUCUGGCCCGUCGCCGUCGCCGUCACCCCCAGCGUCAGCUGCCCAGGGGCACAAGGAACUGCACCAGAGCAGCGGCCCUGGGGACGGUCCUGGCGCCUCAGAGCUGAAGGGCAGCGGCCGAGCGGCGUCCGCCCCUGAGCUCUGCGUGCUGGGCCGCGGGCUGCACCGGGCCCAGGCCCAGCCAGAAGCACCGCCCCGGCCAAAGGAAGGGGCCUGA